GGGGCGCUGGGGGUGGUGAUGCUGCUCCUGCUGGUCGUCCUCAUCCCCGUGCUGGUGAGCUCGGCCGGCACGUCGGCGCACUACGAGAUGCUGGGCACCUGCCGCAUGGUCUGCGACCCCUACGGGGGCACCAAGGCGCCCAGCACGGCCGCCACGCCCGACCGCGGCCUCAUGCAGUCCCUGCCCACCUUCAUCCAGGGCCCCCGAGGCGAGGCCGGCCGGCCCGGGAAGGCGGGCCCGCGGGGGCCCCCCGGCGAGCCCGGGCCGCCGGGCCCCGCGGGGCCCCCGGGCGAGAAGGGCGAGCCGGGCCGCCAAGGCCUGCCGGGCCCUCCCGGGGCGCCCGGCCUGAACGCGGCCGGGGCCAUCAGCGCCGCCACCUACAGCACGGUGCCCAAGAUCGCCUUCUACGCCGGCCUCAAGCGGCAGCACGAAGGCUACGAGGUGCUCAAGUUCGACGACGUGGUCACCAACCUGGGCAACCACUACGACCCCACCACGGGCAAGUUCACCUGCUCCAUCCCGGGCAUCUACUUCUUCACCUACCACGUCCUCAUGCGCGGAGGGGAUGGCACCAGCAUGUGGGCCGAUCUCUGCAAAAACAACCAGGUGCGUGCUAGCGCGAUCGCCCAAGACGCUGAUCAGAAUUACGACUAUGCGAGCAAUAGUGUGGUUCUUCAUUUGGAGCCAGGAGACGAAGUCUACAUCAAAUUAGAUGGUGGGAAAGCCCACGGAGGAAACAACAACAAAUACAGCACAUUUUCUGGAUUUAUUAUCUAUGCUGACUGAUCAUGCAAAAACUAAGCUUAUUACUCUGAGUUUGGACACUGGAUUCGUAUGGCUAACGUCAGUGAAUCGAGGACCCCAGGGGAUGCCAGAUGCGGGGCACCUCAGCUGUUUGUAUGUGGGGAAUUCGAAUGCUACCUGACUCACAUCUGUGUACUCAGAAACAUUAUGUAAAAAAAAAAAAUAUUAAAAGCAAGAUAAGCAGAUGUUGAUCCACUACCGCCAAAGCCAACACUCCUUUAUUGUUAGUGUCCAUGUGAAUGAAGUCCUAUAUAGAUCACAAAUUUUUAUAGAAAAAUCUUAGACACUGAAUUAUUUCUUCAGUAUAUAUGAUACUUUGGUGUACUGUGAUCUUGCUGCUUUUACCCAUAUGUCAGCUUUGGUUCUCGUGAGUUUACCUGCUUAUUGUGAUACUCGGGGUCCAUUCAUAGUGUGGGGAAGAAUGAUUUUUACCCUGCAGGAGGAGGUCUCAUUGACAUAAUGCUGCUUGUCCCCAAAGAAAUUCUUUGCCUUGUACUCCUGUUAACUUUAGAGCUAGACCUGGGAAUGAUUCGACUUUAAGCCUUAACCUGGAAUUUUCUGGAUUUGAGGGAAUUCCCAAGCCUGUGAUCAUGUUUCACAUUCUUUUUCUUAGGAAUCUUCUUUCCUCUCUUUUCGGGUGAUAGUCUUUAAAAGUAGAGAAUGAACUUGUAUCAUAGGAUUACCCUCUAAGUGUGUAACUGUGUAAUUACGUAUGGUAUUUAGAAAAUCCCCCUGUGUCCAGUUUGUCAAUAGAAUGCACUUAGGUUUACUUGGAGAGUCAGAGAAAUGUAUUCUUUGGUGUUAAAUCAGACUGAGGCUUUUGCCUUCUUUGGAACAAAAGAUUAUUCAUAACCCAAUGCAUAUACGUUUAAUUUGCACUGGUGCACGCGUCACCAAGGAGACACUAAGUAAGGCCUUCAAAUAGUUACUACGAGUCGUGGCCUGAGGUUAUUGCAAAAUGAACAAUUUCACAUAUAACCAAUAUGACAAUAAAGUGUAUAUAUUUUAUACAAAUACCUGCUACAUAUAUGUAUGUAUGUGUACAUAUAUAUAUGUUAGAUGGAAUAUAUAUAUGGCUUCAGACCGUAGCCACAAUGGCUGCAUAGCCCCAAAAAUUUAAUUUAAAGAAAUGUACGUGUAGGCACACACACAAACGUGCAUAAGUUAUUUGACUUAUUUUGGAUUGAAA